UCAAACACACCUGAACAAGCUAAUUAAGGCCUUCCAGACUACUGGAAAGCUACAGGCAGGUGAGCUUGAUUAACGUUGGAAUUGAUCUCCUUGGAUUUUUUAAAAACCCAUUUUACACAGAGGUUGCUACUGCAGCAACACGUGUUGGUUUAGCUUUGUGUGCUUCUUCUGACGCACAAAUUCAGGGCCUUUUCCAGCAGAGUUUGUUGUGAGAUCACAGGUCGGGAGGAUGACCGCUCGAGUGGAUUUCUCGUUGAUUGCUGCUUUGUUGUAUCUGUUUGGAUACUUGAGCAUCACUCAUGCUAUUCAAAGACGUAACACAGUGGAUGGUUUUUGUCCGGCGACGCUGACGUUUGUGCCGGCCCGUCGAGGAUGUUCUUCUGAUGAAGACUGCCCUGGAGGACACAAAUGCUGUCGAUUUGACUGUGGGCCUGUUUGUGUGCUGCCUGUUUUCAUGAAGCCGGGUCAGUGUCCCCUACCAGAGAUGAUUCCACUGUGUGCUGAAAGCUGUUUCCAUGAUGCCCAGUGUCCUGCCACACAGAAGUGUUGCCCAACCACCGGUGGCUUUGCAUGCAGUGAACCACGUGGUCCGGGAAGAGGUCAGAUGAGCUGUCAGGGACAUGGACCGGGUCAGGGACAAGGCCAGGGAAGCGGACAAGGCCAGGGUCAGGGACAAGGCCAGGGAAGCGGCCAGGGUCAGGGACAAGGCCAGGGAAGCGGUCAGGGUCAGGGACAAGGACAGGGUCAGGGACAAGGCCAGGGAAGCGGUCAGGGACAAGGCCAGGGAAGCGGUCGGGGUCAGGGACAAGGACAGGGUCAGGGACAAGGCCAGGGAAGCGGCCAGGGUCAGGGACAAGGCCAGGGAAGCGGCCAGGGACAAGGACAGGGUCAGGGACAAGGCCAGGGAAGCGGCCAGGGUCAGGGACAAGGCCAGGGAAGCGGCCAGGGUCAGGGACAAGGACAGGGAAGCGGCCAGGGUCAGGGACAAGGCCAGGGUCAGGGACAAGGACAGGGAAGCGGUCAGGGACAAGGACAAGGUCUGGGACAAGGCCAGGGAAGCGGCCAGGGUCAGGGACAAGGCCAGGGUCAGGGACAAGGACAGGGAAGCGGUCAGGGACAAGGACAAGGUCUGGGACAAGGCCAGGGAAGCGGUCAGGGACAAGGCCAUGGUAAGGGACAAGGCCAGGGAAGCGGCCAGGGUCAGGGACAAGGCCAGGGUCAGGGACAAGGACAGUGUCAGGGACAAGGCCAGGGAAGCGGUCAGGGACAAGGACAAGGUCUGGGACAAGGACAGGGCCAGGGAAGCGGUCAGGGUCAGGGACAAGGUCAGGGACAGGGCCAGGGAAGCGGUCAGGGACAAGGCCAGGGAAGCGGUCAGGGUCAGGGACAAGGUCAGGGACAAGGCCAGGGAAGCGGUCAGGGACAAGGCCAGGGUCAGGGACAAGGCCAGGGAAGCGGUCAGGGACAAGGCCAGGGCCAGGGACAAGGACAGGGACAGGGUCAGGGAAGUGGUCAGGGACAAGGCCAGGGAAGCGGACAAGGACAAGGUCAGGGACAAGGCCAGGGAAGCGGUCAAGGACAAGGUCAGGGGCAAGGCCAGGGUCAGGGACAAGGCCAGGGUCAGGGAAGGGGCCAGGGUCAGGGACAAGGCCAGGGAAGGGGCCAGGGUCAGGGACAAGGCCAGGGAAGCGGCCAGGGUCAGGGACAAGGCCAGGGAAGCGGUCAGGGUCAGGGACAAGGACAGGGUCAGGGACAAGGCCAGGGAAGCAGUCAGGGUCAGGGACAAGGCCAGGGAAGCGGUCAGGGUCAGGGACAAGGACAGGGUCAAGGACAAGGCCAGGGAAGCGGCCAGGGUCAGGGACAAGGACAGGGUCAGGGACAAGGCCAGGGAAGCGGCCAGGUUCAGGGACAAGGAAAGGGUCAGGGACAAGGCCAGGGAAGCGGCCAGGGACAGGGACAGGGCCAGGGUCAGGGACAAGGACAGGGAAGCGGACAGGGUCAGGGACAAGGACAGGGAAGCGGCCGGGGUCAGGGACAAGGACAGGGAAGCGGCCAGGGUCAGGGACAAGGCCAGGGAAGUGGUCAGGGACAAGGUCAGGGCCAGGGAAGUGGUCAGGGACAAGGUCAGGGCCAGGGCCAGGGAAGCGGCCAGGGUCAGGGACAAGGCCAGGGAAGCGGUCAGGGUCAAGGUCAGGGACAAGGCCAGGGAAGCGGUCAGGGACAAGGUCAAGGUCAGGGACAAGGCCAGGGAAGCGGUGUCGGAAGCAGAAGAGGUCAGGGAAGAAUUCAAGAGAAUAGUCAGGGAUGUGGUCAUUGAAGUGGACAUGGGACUUUUGCUUAACACUUACUGGAGAUCUUUUCAAUUCGGUGUCAAUCCUAUGGCAUGGUUUCCCUGUUUGCUCAAACUGUUUUGAAAGCUUUUCGGUCUGCUCCACCUCAAAUAAAGAAUUGCUUGAUUUGAA